UUGGAUAGAACUAUGAUUAUGUCUCAACCACAAUUUUCAUUCAACAACAAACAUAUUCUUCUUCACUUCCAACAAUUUGUGUAACUAACCAAACUUGUUAUGGCUAUUUCAUGUUCUUCAGAUUGGUCUCUAGCUUAUACUAAAUAUUCCACAACAAGAACAUUAAACUUGCAUGCAUUCAUCAUUCCCACGUGUCAUUUCCCUUCUAAUCCUAAGUUUUUCCAUGCAAACUUCUCAGCUUCUUCUCACACCCCCAUUUUAGAAGAAACUUCUUCCAACACCCCCUUGAUCCAUUUAGAUGUUAACUUUUCUGACACUACAAAAUAUUCCAAGCCAGAAAUUGAUCAGAAUUUGAAUGAUUUUCUAUGUGGGUUGUUUGAGGAUCCAAAGAAGCAUGAACUAGCUUUUGAUUAUUAUCAAAGACUCAAAGAUAGACCAGAGUUUAGACCAAUGAAAUCAACCUUAAACCAUGUGAUAAGGUAUUUGUUAAGAUUCAAGAAAUGGGAAUUUUUUAUAUCAGUUUGUGAAGAUUUUAAGGUUUAUCAUGUUUUACCUGAUGCUGCUACUUGUUCUAAGUUGAUUAGUUUUUGCAUUAAGAAUAGAAAAUUCAAGAUUGCUGAGACAUUUCUUGAUACUUUUAGUUCUGAUAGUGAAAUUGGUGUUUUGGCUUUUGGUUCUGCUUUUGGAAGUUAUAAUAAGCUUCAUAUGUUUAGGAAAACUGUUACGGUUUUUGAGAAAAUGAAAUCAAGUUGUGUUGCUAUGGAUUCAAAAUGCUAUUUACAUGUUAUGGAAGCUUAUUUGAGACUUGAUAACUGUGAGAGAGUUGUUGAAUUGUUUAAGGAGUUUGAAAGUAGAAAAUUAAGUGACUCUGAUAGUUGUUUAGGUCAGAUUUAUGGUGUUCUAUGUGAGUCAUUAGGGAAAUCUAAAAGGGCUUUUGAAGCAUUAGAGUACUUUAGAGUGAUGAACAAGAAAGGGAUUUCUGAGUACUCUAUAUAUUCUACAUUGAUAUGUUCUUUCGCGAGAUUACGCAAGGUUGAGGUUGUUGAGGAACUUGUAAGAGAAGCUAAAAGCAAAACGACGAUAAAGGAUCCCGAGGUGUACUUGAAGAUUGUGAUAAUGUAUAUUGAAGAAGGUUUAUUGGAGAAGACAUUGGAAGUUGUUGAGGCAAUGAAGGAUGCCGAUGUCAAGGUUUCGGAUUGCAUUUUAUGUGCUAUUAUCAAUGGUUGCAGCAAAAGAAGAGGGUUUUCGUCUACAGUUAAAAUUUUCGAGAAGCUGAUAUUGAAAGGCUAUGAACCCGGUCAAGUCACCUACGCUUCGAUGAUAAACGUGUAUUGCCGCCUCGGACAAAAUAUCAAAGCAGAGAAAAUUUUCGACGAGAUGAUGCAAAAGGGGUUUGAUAAAUGUGUUGUAGCGUAUUCAAGCAUGAUUGUGAUGUAUGGAAGAACAGGUAGGUUGCGAAAUGCAAUGAAGUUGGUUGCUAAGAUGAAAGAAAAAGGGUGCAAACCAAAUGUAUGGAUUUACAAUUCCUUGAUAGACAUGCAUGGAAAAGAGAAGAAUUUAAGACAGAUUGAGAAAUUGUGGAAUGAAAUGAAGAGAAGAAAAGUAGCACCUGAUAAGAUUACUUACACUAGCAUCAUUGGUGCUUAUUGUAAAGCACAAGAGUUUGAUAAAUGUAUUAAACUUUAUAACGAGUAUAGACUCAAUAAGGGUGCGAUCGAUAAAGCUAUGGCAGGUACAAUGGUUGGUGUGUACUCAAAAGUCGGUAUGGUCGAUGAAUUGGUGAAACUUUUACAAGACAUGAAAAUGGAAGGAACAAGGUUAGAUCAGAGGUUGUAUCAGUCUGCAUGGAAUGCUUUUACAGAAGCUGGAAUGCAGUUACAGGUGAAGUGGAUGAAAGAGAGUUUCAUUGUAACAUAGUGUACUCUUUCAAUUGCAGACAGCGGAAAAAAAAAUCUGAAGCCGAGUUGUUUUAAACUUGCGAGUAGAGUACAUACUCAAAUUGGCGAUUGAAAUUGUAGGGCUGUAUCAAUGUAGUCCCUCACAUUAUCGAUAUUUUAAAAUGAUUCUUGAAAUUGCAAAAUUUUAAUCAAAUUCAUCCCUCUGUUGGUAUCUAUGAAUGACAUUAAGUUGGUAAUAUCGAGGGGCGACCAAACUUGAUUAACAAUUUGCAAUAUUAGAAAUCAAUUUGGAAGAUUGAUAAUGUUGGAGCCUAGUUUGAUACAGUCCUGCAAUUUCAGGGAUAAUUAGGCUACUUACUCCCUGUGAGUAAUUUGAUGCUUGUUUAUGCUAUCAAAUGGAAGUAAAAAAAGCUCUUGUUUGUACAAUUUAGCAAUUUGCCUUUGCGAUCAUAUUCAUUUGCUUCAAAAUGUAAAAUGUUUCAAUUGUGACUUCCACAACCCAAGUGAAAGGCCAUUAGUAGUGGCAGAAGAUGGAUUUUAUGUUUCUAAGACAAA